AUGCAGGGGGCCGAGCUCCGGGAUGGCGAGGCGGCGGCGGCCGCCGCUUCGUACCGCGUCCUGAGCCGCCUGCUCGGCUAUGGAGAGGCGGCCCCCGAGCCAGGCCCGCCGCCCCCGCCCCCGGGCCAUGGCCCCCCGCCGCCACCCUUCCUCGCGCGGCCCGGUACGCGGGGCUCCCGGCCGCCGCAGCUGAUGGUGUUCCGCAACGUGGGUCGGCCGCCGGAGGAGCCGGACGCGGAGGCGGCCCCAGAACCAGGACCCUCGGAACUGCUAUGUCCCCGGCACCGCUGUGCCCUGGACCCCAAGGCCCUGCCCCCGGGGUUGGCGCUCGAGCGGACCUGGGGCCCGGCGGCUGGACUAGAGGCGCAGUUGGCAGCUCUGGGGCUCGGGCAGCCGGCGGGGCCGGGGGUCAAGACGGUUGGGGGUUGCUGCCCGUGCCCGUGCCCCUCGCAGCCGCCCCCUCCGCAGCUCCAGCCGCCUGCUGCCGCCCCGCAGGCCGGGGAGGACCCCACGGAAACGAGCGACGCGCUGCUGGUCCUGGAAGGCUUGGAGUCGGAGGCGGAGAGCCUGGAGACUAACAGCUGCUCGGAAGAGGAGCUCAGCAGCCCGGGCCGCGGAGGAGGAGGUGGCCGGCUUCUGCUGCAGCCCCCAGGCCCUGAGUUACCCCCGGUGCCCUUUCCGCUGCAGGACUUGGUGCCUCCAGGGCGCUUGAGUAGAGGAGAGCAGCAGCAGCAGCCACCUCCCCCGCCCCCUCCCCCUCCCGGGUCCCUCCGGCCACUCGCGGGCCCUUCUCUGAAGGGCUCCCUCAAAAUCCGCCUCAGUCGCCUCUUUCGCACGAAGAGCUGCAACGGUGGCUCCGGUGGCGGGUAUGGAGCUGGCAAGAGGCCUUCUGGAGAGUUGGCUGUAUCAGCUGCGAGCCUGACAGACGUGGGAGGCUCUGCCGGUCGGGAGCUGGACGCAGGGAGGAAACCCAGGUUGACAAGAACUCAAAGUGCCUUUUCUCCAGUCUCCUUCAGCCCCCUGUUCACAGGUGAAACAGUGUCGCUUGUGGAUGUGGACAUCUCUCAGCGGGGCUUGACCUCUCCACACCCUCCAACUCCCCCUCCUCCUCCAAGAAGAAGCCUCAGCCUUCUAGAUGAUAUCAGUGGGACGCUGCCUACAUCUGUCCUUGUGGCUCCGAUGGGGUCUUCCCUGCAGUCUUUCCCCCUACCUCCGCCUCCUCCACCCCAUGCCCCAGAUGCAUUUCCCCGGAUUGCUCCCAUCCGAGCAGCUGAAUCCCUGCAUAGCCAGCCUCCGCAACACCUCCAGUGUCCCCUCUACCGGCCCGACUCGAGCAGCUUCGCAGCCAGCCUUCGAGAGUUAGAGAAGUGUGGUUGGUACUGGGGACCAAUGAACUGGGAAGAUGCAGAGAUGAAGCUGAAAGGGAAGCCAGAUGGUUCUUUCCUAGUACGAGACAGCUCUGAUCCACGUUAUAUACUGAGCCUCAGUUUUCGAUCACAGGGUAUCACCCACCACACUAGAAUGGAGCACUAUAGAGGAACUUUCAGCCUGUGGUGUCAUCCCAAGUUUGAGGAUCGCUGUCAGUCAGUGGUGGAGUUCAUUAAGAGAGCCAUCAUGCAUUCCAAGAAUGGGAAGUUUCUCUAUUUCUUGAGAUCCAGGGUUCCAGGACUGCCACCAACUCCAGUCCAGCUGCUCUAUCCAGUGUCCCGAUUCAGCAAUGUCAAAUCCCUCCAGCACCUUUGCAGAUUCCGAAUCCGACAGCUCGUCCGGAUAGAUCACAUCCCGGAUCUCCCACUGCCUAAACCUCUGAUCUCUUAUAUCCGAAAGUUCUACUACUAUGAUCCUCAGGAAGAGGUAUACCUGUCUCUAAAGGAGGCGCAGCUCAUUUCCAAACAGAAGCAAGAGGUGGAACCGUCCACGUAGCAAGGGGUCCUGCUGGUCACCACCAAGGGCAUUUGGUUGCCAAGCUCCAGUUUUGAAGAACCAAAUGAAGGUACCAUGUAAAGAGGAGCAAGAAAAAAACAAGAUGAAAUAGGAAGGGUUGGGGUCCUCUGUGCAGACUUUGGUUCCCUCGCCACCCUGGGGCUUGGAAGAAGCACACAACCAUACUGUCGAGUGGGGCUCCACCUUUCCCAUCCCACCCCCUGUUAUCCUGGAACUGGACGGGCUCCUGAACAACUGGAAGAAGUCUGAACACUGUUUCUUUUUCACAAGUUUUGUUUUGGAUAUUUACAUUUCUUGGUGUGGAAAACUCACCUUAAAGGCAGCUGGGGUUUGUGGCCAUUGGAUUGGAAGUGGUGUGAAGGGUGAGCAGGUACAAAGGAGGGGGUGGGGAGGGGAUUGCCAGUGCCGGUCAAGCAGCUCGUGCCAAAGGCAGAGUUCGAGUCUUCACCAUUGACCUUGAAGAAGGGGAGAGAAGGAGUCAGAAGUGCAAAUCAAGUUAGGAGUUUCUGAGGGAUGAGAACCUGCUUCUCUCUAAGCAUGAGUAGCUUCAGUAGGAGCAGGAAAGAAAGGAGGCGGGUGGUCUUAGAAGAUUGCUGGACAAAAACGGGCAGAUGGCCUCUGCUGAGGGAAGUAGCGACUCCUCACAUCCUUUCAUGUUCAAUUUAGGGACCUCAUUUUAGAAUCACCUCAUAGAAACUGGAUUCGUUUGGUUUUUAAUUUUUUAAGCUCUGUGACCUCAAGUUAGCCCCAUUAUUUCUCCAUCCUCAACCUGUUCCCAGGUAACUGUCCAUUUCACUCUGGUCAUGGUAACAUCAUUCCUAUUGCUUCCGCCAGCUGUCAGGCUGGCGUUUUCCCAUCACCUGAGCAGUAGAGCUCCAGUUGUGGGCCGCUGAAGUUAACGGAGCGUGCCUCCAGAUUCUUGAUGGCGAAGCGGACCCAUGACUUGGGAGUCAGUGUUACUUACCUCCACAUGUCUGUCAGCUAGUGAGAGGGAGUGUGGAGGAAGGCGUGAAACGAGUCUAUCCUGGUCGUGCUCUUCCUAGAGAAAGCUCUGUAGUGUGUCAGCCUUAAUGGGAUGUCCUUCCCUCGGGGAGAAGAGCACUACUUCUCCUGUCUUUAGGGUUAUCACUGUCAUCCCCCUUCUGGAAUGGGCGGUAGCAAGGGCUUCUUAAUGUUCCUGUGUUCUUUCUGACAACCCGGUCACUCUCCUGCAUCAGAUCCUGUUUGCCCACCUUUCCCUGGGACUCUGUCCGAGGCUGGUUUCAGAGCUGCCUGUCUUCCAGGUGGAAGUGGGAAGAAAACUCCAGUGCUUUUCGGUGGUCUCUACUUUUUUCUGAAGCAGGCCAUUGUCCAAUCAUAUAAGAUUAUGUGUUUGCUUUCCUGUCGAGUUACUCUGGGGAAAGGUUUGCUGUUGAGAUGUGAAAAUGGAGCUGUUUGGUUUUUAUUACUCUUCUGCAGUAGUGUUCCAUUAGACUGCCUCUUGCUUCCCCUAUGCUUAUAUCUGCCUCAUCUCAAACGAUAAAUAAUACUGUCAGGUUUGUGGUUUCCUGAUGGUGAGGGGUGAGGCCCCAGUGUCUUGUUAAUUUAUAGGACUGCCUCAUCUGGGAGCACUGGCCUUUUGCCUUACGACCUGCAUGGGAUGACCACUCUUCCUCCUCGUAGCCGAGGAGGGAAGAAACUUGCAUUGUUACUUGCCUCUGAAGAGGUGGCCCACAAAGUGAGCGGUCCAACAUAAACAGCCCACCUCUGGUAUGUCAGGUAGUCCCUCUUCUCUCCGUGGCUUCCAUGGUAGUAUUACCAACCAGUUAUGAGUGUGAUCCCAGAAAUUGGCUUAACCUGUGAGUCUGUCCUCUUGAGGGUACAAAUUAAC